AUGGUGGGCACUUGGCUGGGUCGCAAGCUCUUGGCGCCCGACACCGACAAGCCUCCGGACGGUUACCGAACCAGUUUGAAGUUGGCAGAGAUCGCGCUGAGCCCUCUCAAAAUAAUUCUGGAGCCUUUCGUUGCGGGGGCGUAUUACCAGAAGAAUAUCUUCAAACGAUUCAUUCAGCGUGCUCUGUGGAGCCCUGUCGCGAACUCGAAGUAUAACUUCUUGGGGUACUUCUUGGCCAUUGGCAUCCCCGUAGUGUUUGUGGUGCUGCUGGCCGGGUCUCUGGUGAGCCUGGUGGCUUUUACGUUCAUCAUCCUGGGGUUGAUUUACUUGGGGACACUUCUGAAGGAUGGAGCAACCG